CGGUGCGAAUUAAAGAAAAGCGCGAAUUUGGAUACGUAAAAGAGUCAACGAAGUCAACCAAUUGAAUAGUGACUGCAAAAGGAUAACGAGAAGCGAUCAAAAACGAAUUAAAGUGUGAAGCGGAAGAAAAGUGCUGAGCAAUUUAAGAAAAACAGCAUUCCGCAGCGAUGAAAUAUUUUGUUUGGUUUGGCGUCGCAAUGGCGCUUUUGGCGUCCAGCGCCUGGGCCAGCGCAACAACUGAGCGCAAAGCUGAGUCACGCAUCAGCGUCGCAGUCAAGCCAAAGCGUGAAGCGCCACUAUCGAGCGGCAGCAGCAGCUAUCACGGACCAUCCUAUAAAUAUCUGCCACCUGCGCCCGCCUCGAUUGGCGCCAGCGCCAGCGGCUACGAUAGUUACAGCAGCCAUGGCGGUGGUUCGGCCAGUUUCGGUUCAAGCGGCAGUGCUGGCUUUGGCUACGAUUUCGGAGGCGGCGCCGCACAUGUGAGCGUACCAAAAGUUGAGACAUACAUUGUGCAGACAGAGCCUGUGCAUGGUAGCUACGCGGGCAGUGUGAGCAGUCAUAGCGGCGGCGGUGGCCAUUUUGCUGCUGGACACAGCCAUUUGGGUCAUGGUAGCGCUGGCAGCAGUGGUUAUCGUUAUAGUAGCGGUUCACCUCACUUCCAAUCAGGCGGCUCAGCAUUGCUGGGACACAGCAGUUUUGGCGGUGGUGGCGGCGGUUAUAAAUUCCACGCCAAAUCGCGUCCACACAUACAAACCAUCAUUAUACCGGCCAGCUCCUUGACGCACAGCUCGGGCGGCAGUUUCGGCGGUGGGCAUGCGGUGCACUCAAGUGGUGGUGGAGGCGGCAGCGGUGGCUAUCAGUAUGCCCCCACUUUUGGCAGCUCCUUGCACUCGAGCGGGGGUGGGUUUGGCAGCGGCUUCGGCGGUGGACAUAGUGGCAGCAGCGCAUUUGGUGGUCAUUCUAGCGGCGGCUUUGGCGCGGCUGGCGGCCAUUCAGUGUCGUAUAGCCCGCAGCAGGGCUAUGGCUACAGCGGCCAUGGCAGUAGUAGUGGCACAGUAUUGGGUUUGAGCAGCAGAGCACAUGGCGUACAAGACGGUCAUAUUGCCAGCGGCGCAACACUUUCAUUCGGCAGCCAUGGAGGUUACAGCGGUCAGGGAUAUUCACAGAGUGCACCCAGCAUACCUUCGACCAGUUAUGGCGUACCUGCUGGCCCAGCUAUUGGCUCAUAUCAUGGCGCUGGCGGUACGGGUAGCUCCUAUCAUAGCAGCAGUGGUUACGAUACUCCCUCCUAUGCGGUGGGACACAAAGGUUUGGGUCAUUUUGGUUUCAGCGCCAGCAAGCCACAUGCGCUGAGUACCAAUUUUAUUGCUUCCGAUAACUCAGGGUAUGAUGAGCACAGUAGUCGGGCGCCAUUCAAGCCAUCCACUCUCUUGGGCACCACUCACGAAGUAUCCGGUCCAGCCUCCCAGUAUUUGCCGCCGACAUCGCCGGGAUAUGAGUACCAAUCGCCGUCAGUGCUGCUUGGUGGUAGCUCGACAGCUGGCGGUGCAUCGUCGACAAGCAUAAAUGAACCAGAUUCUGCGUACCUGCCGCCAGUGGCAACGCCUGGCGCGAACUACUUGCCGCCGCAUCAUCACUGAUUUGAUACUCAGCAUCGCAACGUCGCGCUGGAUCGAGCGGCCUCAUCCGAUGAAAUGUUGGGUGUACUUUAUAUGUACUCCCAUUUGCUGCUUUUUAUUUAUUGACAGCUACUUCGCUUAGUUUUCGAGUUUCCUUUGUAACUAGUUUUUAAUAUUAUUUUUUAUUUUUUGUAUUCACGCACGAUU